AUUUAUAUAAAAACCAUGCUGGUCGUAACGAAACUACAUACUUGCCGUGACAUUACAGAAACUAUUUAUUAAGUUGGUGGACUGUAGGGCGCUUGAGUGAGGUUUUAUGGAAUUUAAUUUAUUUGUUACAAGCGACAUAAGAGGGGAAUACAAUGUAAACAUAGUGUUACCGUAUUAUUGAAACUACCAAAAUUAUUUUGAAAUUUCCAAUAUUAACAUGCAUUAGUAACAUUCGAUACAAUUUCAGUAUUUAUGUUCUUUUUCAGUUCUCAAAGAUUGACUGUAAGAGACCCAUCUUUGGAAAAAGUCAACCACUAUAUAUUAAAUCUUUUUAAUGUAUAAUAAAAAUCGGUAUAAGUAAUAAGAUACGAUAACCGCUUACCAUCAGAUAACUGAUACAAAAUGAGCACUGACAUAAAUAAGCAAGUCAAGCCAUUUGAUUCUUUUCAAGUUUUAUAUGAUAUACUAUCCUGGACAGGUUAUUUAAAACCAAAAAAUGCAUCAAGUCGAGCUAAAAAAUACUUAAAUACUUUUCAUUGGUUGUUGACGAUUUGUAUAAUAACCUAUGUUAAUGCUGGCCAUAUUAUCUUCAUAUUUACGAGCAAUGACAAAAAUGCGAUAUUUGAGACGAUGAUAUUAGAAAUUACUCAAAUAAAUGCGAUAUUCAAGUUUCUGAGUUUACAAACUUCUAAGUUGAGUAAAAUAAACGACGUUAUCAGCGGACCCUAUUUUGCUACAAAAAGUGAAAAGGAUGAGAAGCUUCUGAAAGAUAAUAAUAAGGAAAUGUUUAGAAUAACUACGGUAAUGUACACGACUUUAACGACAGGCUGUGUAGUUUGGAUAAUUUCCUAUAUUAGGAAGAAGUUAAAAGAUGAUGAUACAGCGGUGCUCUUCUAUGUACCAAUUGAUUCGAAGCCAAUGUCAGGAUUUGUCAUUACAGUAUUUGUAGAAGCCAUUCUCACAUUAUAUGUGGCAUACGGUCAUGUGGCGUUUGAUUGUGUCGUAGCAAUGUAUUAUGCUCAAGCGAUGGUACAACUGAGAAUAAUGAAAUACAACAUACAACACAUGUUUGAUGGCGAUGAGGUAGAAGAGAGUACAACUGGCCAUCAAGUAAUAUAUAAAGAUGACAAAGAUGCCACAUUGAAAGAACGUUUUGCAUAUUACGUGGAUAAAUAUGAUAAAGUUAAUUGGUUUACAAAGAAUGUAAACUCCGUGUUCAAUAUCGCAUUAUCAUUCCAAUUUAUUUCGAUGACUGGAUCCUGUUGCUGUGUCAUAUGUGUAUUAAGUAUAUAUAAAUUCUCAACAGAUUUCACAUAUCUAGGGUUCUUAUUUGUCGAGUUUCAAGGCCAAUUGUUCUUUUAUUGUUAUUAUGGGAGUUUGGUAGAGUAUGAGAGCCAAUCAAUUUGUUCGGCUAUGUACUUAAGCAACUGGGUAUCGGUCUCGCCGAAGUUCCGCCGAAAUAUCUUCAUCGCAAUGACCCGCUGGACGUAUCCUUUAAAAACUCGCGUGUCUGUCGUUGUGCCUUUGUCCUUGAGUACAAUGAUUUCGAUUGUUCGAGCUUCUUAUACCUUGUUCACAGUGAUGUCGGAAAUAAAUGUAAAAGAAUAAUUUUGAGUAAAAUGACAGCGAUAAUAAAUUUUACAAAAUGUGUUGGAGUUUAUUGGAUUUAAAAACUCCAUUUAUUUAUAACUACGUUACUGAUGAUAAUUUGUUCAUUAUUUGUAUUCUUCAAUAAAAUAUGACUUAGUUUAUAAUUUUUAUCUCAACUUUUAAAUCGAAACGUAGUUAAUUAACACAAUUGCUUCGCAGCAGUAACACGAGUUUGAUAGAGAAUUAUCUCAGUUUCUAUACUAAUUUUUACAGUCUCCAUCUAAUUUUAAUUCACAAUCAAUGUUUUCUUAUACACCAAUUUUGAGCAAAUAAUUCUAUAUUUUAGUUAUCAAUACAAUCACAUAUGUAUGUAAUUUUACUAAUAAAUAACAAUAAAGUAUAAAUCACG